AUUUGUUGAUCAUUUUCUGUGCAAUGGAGGAGACGCAUGACUUUCAGUUCAUAUUGCCACUGAAUUCCGAGGAUCUGGUCAACUCCAGCGGCGACCACUACUACGUCAAGGAGUUGUACAGCAGCAAAGAAAUACCCGAAAAACUGCUGGAGUGCAAGCGCAAAGUGAGCCACGACAAGGAUGCCUUCUACAUUUUGGAUACCUUCGACACGUACUACUCCGUCAUCGAGUCGAACGCCACGGAUACGGCCUCCCUUCGGAACCUGAUGCGUUCCUUCGACCUGCUGUACAUGACUGUCGAGAUGCUGGGCCAGAGCCUCACAGAGACUUUCGCAGACAAAGAGCCGCCUACGAACCGCAUCCGCCAUUUGAAUCUCACCAAGAUGACACUCUACCUGCAGGUGAACGUCGUCAAGAAGAUCGACAGUGUGGCCCAGCGUGCGAAGCGCGACCAGCAGAUGAAUUUGCAGAAGAAACGCGGCAAGCAGCCUGAGGCCCUCGAUCAGUACCCCGACUGGGAUGAAAAGCGCGGCAAAUUUCUCGUUCAGCUCUUCAAUAUCCUCCAGUUGCCGCUGGAGCGGCUCUGGGCCCCACCCAUAGCUGAAGAGGACUUUAUAACGAUGCUCUGUGACAUUUGCUAUCGCACUUUGGAGCUCACGCCGAUGCGCCACGACAACCGACAUGUGUUCGAUACCCUGUUUCAGAUUUUGGGCACAUGCAUUAAGCGCUUCAACCACGCCAUGACCUUCCCGGUCCGCAUACUGCAGAUCCUGCGCGGCACUGAGCACGCCGCCGCAGCGGUGGCCAACGGCAUACUGACGUUACACGAGGAGUACGGCAUUUCGAAGGUCUUCGAAAUUCUGCUCAAGAGCAUUGUGGAGGCCCUUCAGCUGGAUAGCGCGGACACGACGGUGUCUAAGCAUUUCUCCACCUUCCUAUCUGAGUUCUCGAGCAUCUCCCCAGAGCUCAUCAUUCCGCAUCUGUCAAAGGUCAGCGAUGAACUGCUCGACUGCCAGUCGCACAUGCUACGCAACACCGUUCUGCAGAUCUUAGCCGAUGCCGUGAUUAGUGACCUGACCGCCGAGGAUCUCAGCGAUGAAAUGAAGGAGGUGCGCAACGAGUUCCUAGACCAUCUGUACGACCACAUCAUGGACGGUUCCGCCCACGUGCGCACCAAGGCCCUGCACAUUUUGGUGCACCUGAAGACCCAACAUGCCAUACCGCUCACCUAUCUCACAAAGGUACUGGCCGCGGCUGUGGGUCGGCUAGAGGACAAGAGCUCGCUGGUGCGCAAGGCGGCCAUGCAGUUGAUCAAAUCGACGCUCGAGAGCAAUCCAUUCUCGAGCAAGCUAUCGCUGGAGGAGCUCCUCCACAAGCACCAGAAUGAAGUAGAAAUCAUGGAGAAGCUCAACGAAGUGCUGGAGGCGGAGCGCAAAGAGGAGGAACGGCUCAAUGAGCAAUGGAGCGAAAGGGCGAUCGAGAUCUUGCCUGAAAUUAAAGAGCAUUUAACCGAAUUUCCCAAUUUGGACUUCGACAAGGAGGAGAGCGACACAGAACUGCUGGAGAAGAUAUUGCCGCUCAUGCGUGACAAGGAGUACAAGAAGGCCGUGGUUCUGGUACGCAAAAUAGACUUCCUGGCAGGAAAUCAAGAAAUUGUUUCCAUGCUGGAGUUCGAGGAGAAGGUCUUCUAUGUUAUGGAACUGCUUAAGACUUACCAUCUGCUGGCCGCAGGCCUCAAGCAAAGCAGCGAGGAGAUGCUGCGACAGAUCAAGACGGUGCAGUUCCUCAAGGACAGCAUCGAUUACACCACCAUUGUGACGGGUGCCUAUCCCAAGCUGCAGGACCUGCUCAUGUCCAAGACAAACACAGAUGUCCUGGAGGCAGUGGACCUUUUCACCACCGGCUACAUGUUCGGCAUCGCCGGCACAGAUGCCGGUAUGCGGAAGAUGCUGAUGCUGGUGUGGUCGUCGGACAAGGAGAAGCGCGAUGCCGUCUCCGAGGCCUAUCGCCGGGUACUCUUUACUACAGAGCUGCAGGCACGUGCUCAUGCCAUAAGGGUCGUGCAAAAUCUCUCGAAAUUUCUCGAGGAAAUCGAUUAUGGACACUACUUGUCGCUAGAGACGCUGGUGGCCGAGUGGGUGAACGUCGGGCAGAUAGAUGCCCUUGUCAUUCAGGUACUGUUCGAGCGCUUCACCCUGAAGCUGGAGGGCACCACAAACAACGAGGCACGACUCGCCCUCGAGCUGCUGAUCAUGGCAUCGAAGGCUAAGAACAGCAUUGUCACCGCCAACACGGCGAUCAUCGAAGACAUUGCCGUGGGGCAGCGCGCACGUAGCGAACCGCGCCUCUUCGCUGGCUGCCUGCGUCUACUGGUCAAUAGCAUCGAUGCCAACAACAACGCCAAGUACUAUAAGCGCCACAACACCGACGCCAAGUUCGUGGUGGAGGUGAUACGCUUCUUUUUCGACUGCUUCUUCCACGAGAAGCUCAAGGACUUUGAUGGCAUGGCCACAAGCGUGUUGGAGUACAUCUACCGCAUGUGCCAGUCCCCCGAUGUGCUGGUCCAGGACCUGCUCAAGGAGCUCCAAAAGCGAUUCUACCAUAACUGGCUGGGCGCCACCGCCGCGCCAGUGAAUGCCGACAAGGAAAACGAACUGGCAUUGGAGUCGCAGCCGACAGAGAUUGCGUACACACAGCCGCUGUCCAUUCCACAGACACAGACACAGGGCACCCAGAGCCCAGGGGGACCACCGCCUGGAACUUGUAUGCCCGUGUUUCUGGUGUCGCGAUUUAUGUUCUGCAUCGGUUACAUGACCAUCAAGGAGAUGAUAUUCCUGGACAUGGAUGUCUACAAUAACAUGAAGUACCGCGAGGAGCUCACAGCCCAGCAGGAGAGAGAUACACGUACGCAAGAAGCUGGCAGGAAGGCCGCCCAGCAGCAGCUGUUGCGACGCACCAUGAACGUUUCGGCGAUGGAGGUGCGUAAGCGUUUGUCCAACUCGGCCGCAGAGCCGCAACAGGAGCCGGACGAAGAUUUGGUGGGGGCCACAGCAGAGGAUAGCAUUGCCGAUGAGAUCCUUGCCAUAUGCGAGGACAUGCUGAUUUACGAUCCGAACGGCUUGCUCCACUGGCUGACGCCCGUCAUCAUUGAUAUCUGCAAGAAGCCGGGCGAGUACCGGCAUCCGAAGCUUCAGCAGGCAGCGACCCUCACAUUGGCCCGCCUGAUGACAGUCUCAUCGCGGUUCUGUGAGUCAAACAUGUCCUUCCUGAUGAACAUCCUCGGUUUGACUACAAACAUCAAGAUCAAGUGCAACACGGUGGUGGGCCUGUCCGAUCUCACCUUCCGCUUCCCGAACAUCAUUGAGCCGUGGACGGGGCACUUUUACGCACAGCUGCACGAGACUGAUACGGAGCUGCGGCUGACGGCUGUCAAGAUGCUGUCGCAUCUCCUUCUGAACGAGAUGAUACGCGUGAAGAGCCAGAUCUCGGACAUGGCACUAUGCAUUAUCGACGAAAACGAGGAGAUACAGAGCAUCACCAAGGAGUUCUUCAAGGAGAUAGCCAAUAAGUCAAACAUCCUGUACAACGUGCUCCCCGACAUCAUUUCGCGUCUGGGCGACACCAACCUGCGUCUCGAGGAGCACAAGUACCACAUCAUCAUGUCCUACAUUUUGGGUCUCAUCCAGAAGGACCGCCAGAUCGAGUCGCUGGUGGAGAAACUCUGCCUGCGCUUCCCCAUGGCCCAUGUUGAGCGGCAGUGGCGCGACAUAGCCUACUGCCUCAGCCUCCUGACCUACAACGAGCGUUCGAUCAAUAAGUUGAUGGACAACAUGCACAACUACCGCGACAAGGUGCAGAACGACGAUGUCUACGCGUCCUUCCGCCUGAUCAUCAGCAACACCAAUAAGCUGGCCAAGCCCGAGCUGAAGGCCGCCGUCACAGAGUUCGAGACGCGCCUCGCCGAGUGCCUGGCGGUCAAAGAUCCCACCGCCGAUGGAGCCGACAGCAGUCAGAACCAGGCUGACGAGACACGAACGGCCAACAGAACCAAGGCCGCCGGCAACCGAACAAAGAAGGGGGGUCGCAAGCCUGCCCCUGCUGCACCUGCUGGCAGGUCCACCAGCCGUCGUGGUGGUCGCAGUCGACGCGCAGCCCGCGUUGAGAGCUCCUCCGAUGAUGCCUCCGAGAGUGAUAGCGACUGAAUAAUGGAUUACACACUUUUUUUAUCCACAAACUACUUUUCACAAUAUAAUUCUAAUUUUUAUACACUUA